AUGGCGUUACAAGCUAGGACAAAAGGUUGGGAAAAAGAUUCGAAAAUAAAUACUGAUUAUGAAUAUGAAAAGCUUGUCAAAUUAGAAGAUAAAUUCAAAAUUAAAACAUGGAUAGAUAAGGGUGAGAAGGAGGGAUAUCUCUAUAAUAUUGUCCCUACUACUAUGAGUGUGUUAGUAAAAGAUUCCAGCAAGACCCAAAAAAAAACAGGUGUUCAUAUGUAUUUCGUUUCGGACAACAACAAAACGUGGAGACUUACAUUAUUUUACCGACCCUACUUUUAUUUAAAAACUAAGAAUAUAUACAACUAUGAAGCAGUUAGUAAUUAUUUAAAAAAGGAACUAGGAAAAUAUAAUGUCGAAAUUGAAUUUGUAAAAAAAGAUGAUAUAAGUUUAUUUGAUCAUUUAAACAAAAAAAGAAGUUAUUUAAAUAAUAUUUUUUUCAAACUAUCCUUUGAUACUAUCGAAAAUUUAGUAAGAUCAAGAAGUUUUUUGGAAAGAAUAAUAGAAAGAAAUAAAAAAAGUAAAGAUGACAAUAAUGAUAAACAUAUAUUUAAUGAUGAUGAAUUAUCAUAUAGUAAGUUAGAAUUUUCAUGUAAAAAUGAUACAUAUGUAAAAUAUGAGCAAGGAAAAGAUGAUAAAGAAAAGGAACAAGUAAAUGGAUUUACUAACAAUGAUGACACAAAUAAAGACAAUUAUAAUAACACAAAAACAGAUACCAAACAAAAAGGAAACAAAUUUACAAACAAUGAAAAUGGAAGUAGUGGGGGAAAUACCCUAGAAACUUCUAAUAAUAUACUUAAUAUGAAUGAUAUUAUUGUUAAUAUGAAAAAAAUUAUUUUAAGUAAAGAAGAAAUAAUGAGUGAAAUAAUUGAAUUAUAUGAAUAUGAUGUAAAAUAUACUACACGUUUAUGUAUAGACAAAAAUAUAAGAUGUGGUUUAUGGUAUAAAGUUACAAGAUUAGAAGAUGAACUUUAUACUGAAGAAAUAUAUUUUGAAGUUUUGAAAAAGGAAAUAUUAGCACCCUUAAAUGUUCUUGCAUGGGAUAUAGAAUGUUAUAAAGAUGAAUUAAAAUUUCCAGAUAAAGAAAAAGAUGAAAUCAUUUUAAUAUCAUAUAUGUAUAAUGCUCAAGGUUAUUUAAUAGUUAAUCGAAAUGUAAUGAGUAAAAAUAUACGAGAAUUUUUAUACAAACCUAAUAAUGAAUAUUCAGGAGCUGGUACAUUUAAAAUUUUUAAUGAGCAAAAUGAAUAUUUCUUAUUAAAAAGGUUUAUAGAACAUAUCAAAUUAUUACGUAUACAUAUAUUUGUUACAUAUAAUGGAGAUUUUUUUGAUAUACCAUAUUUAUACAGAAGAUGUGAAAUAAAUAAUAUAAGUGUUCCAAAAGAAAUUGGGUUCAUUAUGAAUAACAAAAAAGAAUGUUCAUGUAAUUUUAUAUUAAAUAUAGAUGCAUAUAAAUGGGUAGAAAGAGAUUCUUAUUUACCCAAUGGAUCGAGAACAUUAAAAAGUGUUUGUAAAAUUAAAUUAAAAUAUAAUCCAACAGAAGUAGAUCCUGAACUUAUGGUCCCCAUUGCUAGAAAUAACCCACAACAUUUAGCUGUCUAUAGUGUUUCGGAUGCUGUUGCAACAUUUUAUUUAUAUGAUAAAUUUAUUCACAGCUUUUUAUUUGCACUAUGUUCUAUAAUACCUAUGAAUCCUGAUAAUGUGCUAAGACAAGGUAGUGGAACUUUAUGUGAACAACUUUUAAUGGCAGAAGCAUAUAAAAAAAAUAUUUUAUUUCCAAAUAAAUCGAAGCCUAUUUAUAAUCAAUAUUUUACUGAUACUAGUAAUAAAAAAAAAUAUUUUAUUUAUGAUGAUUCAUUUGUUGGAGGAAAAGUACAAAGUUUAAAAUGUGGAAUUUAUAGGGAUGAUUUGAAAGAAAAUUUUCAUUUAGAUUCUAAUACAUAUAAAUAUUUAUUAAAUAAUGUUGAUAAUAUUAUAGAUUUUUGGAUUCAAAAAGAUUUAAAUAAAAAUCUGAAUAUUAAUGAUAAAAAAUAUGUGAAUAAAAAACAAAUUUUAAAUAUCGAAAGUAUUAAAAAUGAUAUUAUUCAAAAAUUAACAUUUUUUAUUCAGAACCCAAAUAUAAGUUCAUGCCCUAAUAUAUAUCAUUUAGAUGUGGCUGCAAUGUAUCCAAAUAUUAUAUUAUCACAUAGAUUACAGCCUAAUGCUAUAAUCACACCCGACCAUUGCUUUAAUUGUUCUUAUUAUAAACAAAGACAUUUAUGUCAAAAAAAAAUGACUUGGAAAAGAAAGCUUGAAAUAUCCCCUAUUGAUUAUGGUCAUAUUUUAUCUCUAAAACAGGACUUAAAGACACGACUAUUUUAUCCCCAAACCCCUUACUUCAAAAUAGAGAACAAUGAAGAUUCAGAAAGUACCGAAAGUGAUGCAAUUGUGAAGCCCGUGGUUAACAAAAAGAAAUCAUGGAAUGAACUAACUGAGAAGCAGCAACACGACGAACUGAUGAAGGUGAUAAAAGAGUGCUCUCAAAAAGUAUUCAAAAAGACAAAGGUUGCAAAGGAAGUAGAUGCAUCUAGUUUGAUUUGCCAAAGAGAAAAUCCAUUUUAUGUUGAUACAGUAAAAACAUUUAGAGACAGAAGAUAUGUUUAUAAAAGAGGAUUAAAAGAAUGUGAACAUGAAAGGAGAGAACUAUUAAAACAGAGUAAAAUAAAUUAUGUUAAAAUUCAUGAAUUAGAUGAAAAAAUAUUAUUAAAUGAUUCAUUACAAUUAGCUCAUAAAUGUAUAUUAAAUAGUUUUUAUGGAUAUGUAAAAAGAAAAAGUAGUAGAUGGUAUUCAGAUCAAAUGGGAGCAGUUGUUACAUAUACUGGAUCUCAGAUUAUAAAUGAUGCUUUUAAAUUAAUUGAUAAAAUUGGUAUACCUAUGGAAUUAGAUACAGAUGGUAUCUGGUGUAUGCUACCAAAACGUUUUCCUGAAAUAUAUGAUGCAUACAUAUUAGAUAAAAAUGAACUAAACAAUAUUAAACUAUAUGAAAAUAUGACUGAGGAUGAAAUAAAAAAUAAUAAAAAUAUUAAAAAAACAAACUUUGAAUUUCCAACAAAUAUAUUAAAUCUUGAAAUGCAUAAAAAAUGGACUAACCAUCAAUACUUAAUCUAUAAUGAAAAAACUAACGAUUAUGAUUGUAUAAGUAAAAAUGAAAUAUUUUUUGAAUUAGAUGGUCCAUGGCAUAGUAUGUUUUUGCCUGCAUCUGAAAAAUCAGACGAUUUAUUAAAAAAGAGAUAUGUUGUAUUUAAUGAUAAAUAUAAAAUAAGUGAAUUAAAAGGUUUUGAAAUUAAAAGAAGAGGAGAAUUAAGAAUUAUACAAAAAUUUCAAAGUGAAAUAUUUAAUAACUUCUUAAAAGGAAAAACAAAAGAAGAAUCAUAUUAUUAUGCAUCUUUGACUGCAAAUAAAUGGAAAAAUUUAAUGGAUUCUAAAGCUAUAGAUAUAGAAAAUGAUGAUGAAUUAUUUGAUUUAAUUUUAGCUAAAAAAGUUUUAAACAAAUCAGUAAAAGAACAACCAAAUGCAAAAAGUUUGGGUAUAACAACUGCAAAAAGAUUAAGUGAAUUAUUAAGUAAUACGAGUUAUAUAGAAGAUAAUAAUGUAUCUACACAGUUUAUCAUUGCAUCUAAACCCAUGGGUUCUGAUGUCACAUUUAGAGCCAUUCCAAUACAAAUCUUUAAAACAAAUGUAGAUACACAAAUAUUUUAUCUAAGUAAAUGGCUAGGUGUCCAAUUACCUCCAAAUACCCCAGUCAAUGUUAGAGAUAUUAUAGAUUGGGAUUAUUAUAAACAAAAAUUAGAAGUGCAAAUUUUGAAGCUAGUUAUUAUACCCGCUAUUAAACAAAAUAUUAAUAACCCAAUCACUUCCAUAUCAAUUCCUGAUUGGCUAGAAAAACAGAUAAAUAUUUCAGAGGAAAAACAAAAAAAAAUUACCUCAUUUUUUGUUAAAAGAGAGAAACCUGAGAUGCUAAGUAAUAAUAUAAAGAAGGAUCAUUUAGAAAUCGAAACGGAUAUAGCCAAUGAUACAGCAAAUUAUAAUGGAACCGAUAUGUUAGAUAAUAAUUCUAGUAUAGUUAAAAAGUAUGAUGAUGAAAAUCAAUUAAGGGACAAAAAUGAUGCAUUUUCUAUUGAUGAAUUGGGGAAUAAUGUAGGGUCGACAAAAACAAAAAAACGAUUAUUAGAGCAAUGCUUAUUAGACAAUUUUAUAUCUAAGAAAAAUAAAAUAAUUUUAAUAAAUGAUGAUGGAACAAAUAAUAUUGUAAGCAGUUUACAAUAUAAGAAAGGUAAUUCUCUAGGUAUUCAUGCAGAAAAUAACACCAACUAUAUUUUAAUUGAUAAUCAAAAAAUUAAUGUUACCACUUUAAAACAAGUUGAAUUAUAUAAAAUAUUUGAAACCAAUUUUAAAAACUGGAUUUUAAUUACAAAUAAAAUAUGGAAAAAUAAUAGAGCUCAAAUCCGAAAAAUAAAAAAUGAAGAAAAAAAUAAAAAAAAACAACAAACAAGUUUAUCAUUCAAUGAUGAUGGACCACAAAGUAAUGAACAUAAUUAUAAACUAAAUAAUUUGUCUAAUUUAGAUCCAAAAUAUAUGCACAUUAUUCAAAAUCCCAUGGAUAUUGUUUAUUUAUAUAAAAAAAAUAAAAAAGUAGGAGGAAACAAACGGGAAAAUCAAAAACAAAAAAAUAGUAGAAAAAGUGGAAAGGGUAAUAAUUCAGGAAAAAAUAAUACCACUGAAAAAAACCGAACAAAUAACAAUCCUAAUACAACAAAAAAUGACAAAAAAGAAACAUUACUUAAACCAUAUUUAAAAUAUUUUAAGCAUGACGAUGAAUAUGAUUCAUCAAGUUCUGAUGAAAAUAAUGAUGAAUUAGAUGAUAUGAACGAUUUGUUCAAUAAAGAGGAUAUUUUAGAUGCAAACGAUGAUGAUGGUAUUUAUUAUGCCAUUGUAUCAUUAAAAAAUACAAAUAAAUUUUAUAAAAUAAAACUACAAAUAUAUAGACAUAUAUAUAUAAAUAAUUAUAAUCCAUUAGAUAUAAAAAGUAAUAAAAAUAUUACAAUAAAAUUAUUAUCAACAAAUAGUGAAAAUACAGUAUUUAAAUCAAAACCAAAUGCUAAUUUUUUUCUUCCAAGAAAUGUUAAAAUAUUUAAUUUAUAUGAAUUUAUUAUGUCUGAAAAAUAUUUUAAUAAAUAUAUAAUCAAUACAUUAAAUGCUAAUUAUCAUGAAAGUAUAAUAUCAGUAUAUGAAACAAAAAUUCCAUUAUACUUUGACUUUUUAAGUAGAUAUGGAAAUUCAGUUGAAAUAGAAUCAAAUAAUUAUAAUUGUAUAUUUGAUGAAAAUAAAUGUUUUAAAUCACAUUGUUUUACUAGAAUAGAAAAUAAUCCAGGAAAAAAAAUAUCUACCAAUUAUUUAGAUGAUGUACACAUAAUAUAUAUUAACAUAUUUCACACACUUGUUGAUAAUAUAUGUAAUAGAAUAUUUAUAAAUGUUUAUGACCAAUUUGAGGAUGAUACAAAUGAAACUCUGUUUGGAAAUAAAAUUAUGUAUAGUGGUAUUGGAAAAGAAGAAAAUGAUUUUGAUCCAUAUCAGCAGUUUGCUAAAUUUUUAAGGCUUGAGAAAAUGUAUGCCCAAUUAAGUGGUAAUAAUUAUGACAACGAUAAUAACAAUUGGAAUAGCUUCUCAAAAAAUGCAAAUACCGAAACAACAAAAGGAAUUGAAAAUGGUGAAAAUAUGAAUAGCUUUAUUCCAAAUUUUAAAAAAGAUGAACUUAAAAAAAAAGCAAUGAAUACUAUAUUCGAUAAAGAAUUUUUUAUAAAAAAUGUUGAAAGAGAUUUUCUAUUUUUAUAUCAUUAUAGAAAAUUUGACAUUUAUUAUGAAGAUAAUCCAAAUGUUUAUAAGGUUUUAGAAUAUUUAGAUCUAUAUCUAAAUAAAUAUCGUGCAAACAUAUUAACAGGAAAAAAGAAAUAUAUUUUUUAUGUUUGUUCUACUAUUGAUAGAAGCAAACUAGGUUGGUGGAGUACUAAUAAAUAUUUCCCUUGUUAUUUUUAUAAAAUUGAAAACCCUCAUAAAUAUCAAAAUAUUCCACAAAAAAAUUACAAAGAAAAUGCAUUUAAUUUAUCUUUAGAAUUAUUCUAUCAAAAUUAUCAUAAAGUUGAAGAAGACAUUAACUUUGCUAGAAUAUCGAACAUACCUUUAUUUAACCUUCUUAAUGUCAAAAAAAAUAAUCAAAAACAUAAAUUUAUAUAUGAUACAUUAUAUGCUUCUUUUUUAAAAAAAUCAAAAGGUAUUUUAUGGUUAUCUUACUUUGGAAACUCUGAUUUGGGUAUUCCAUAUCUAAAUAUUAAUAAUUUUUGUGAUUAUGAUUUGGUUAAAAAAAAUAUAGAUAUAGUUAACCAAGGUAUAUACAGAGGAUAUAUUGUUCAUUUAUUUUUCAAUGAAUCCCUUAUUUUUAAUAGUGUUCGACUUUUUACAAAAUAUGCCAGUGUCCAAAACAAGGAAUAUGUUUCUGUCACAAAUACUAAAAAGGAACAACAAAAUGAGUCUAAAACAGAAAUAGAAAAAAAAUAUAACCAAAAAAAUAAGUUUACAUAUGGAAAUAGCGAAUUUUCGAAAAAUAGAAUAAAAAAAGAAAUGAAUAACAAUAACGAUCAUAAUAAAAAUGAAAAAAAAAAUAUUGAACGAGAAACAGAUCAAGGAAAUAACGACGAUGAUCUUUCAACAACAGAUGAUAAUGGACUAGAAACAUCUAAUAACAUUAUUGAUGAAUAUGAAAAUGAUGAUAUUAAUGAAAAAAAAAGUUAUGUGAAAAAUAAAUAUGAUAUUAAUGAUAUUGUAGAAUAUAAUUCACAUGUUUCACAAUUUAGUAAUUUUGCUUUUAAAUUAUUAGGCCAAUGCUUAGAAUAUUUAAUAUCUAAAAUUUCUUCAUUAUCAUUAUUAACUACUAAUAAAACUUUUGAAAGUAUUUCUGAAAUAUUUACAUCCUUUUAUUCUUGGAUUUCGAAUAAUUCUAGUUUGUUAUAUGACGUUGCAUUAUAUAAUAAAGUUUUAGAGUGCUCCGAAAUGUACCAAAACAAUUUAAUUAAUAUUAUAAAAAAGAAAUUUAAUUCUAAUAUUAUUUAUGCAGAUUUAAGAAAUUUUGUAAUAUCUUUUAAUGAAUAUUCAGUUAUUUCAGGUCGAAAUAUUUUAAAAAAUCUAAUUACAUAUUUUUCACAUAAUGAUUCAAUAUAUGCAAAUGUUCCUUUUCACAUAAAACAAGAAUAUAUAGCUGCAUGCCAAUUUGAUAAAUAUAAUUUUAUAAGAUAUAAAGAAUAUUAUAAUCCUAAUGAAGAAAAUACCGAUGAAAAUUUAAAAAUAAUUGAAUAUCUACCACCUAUAUGUGAAUCGUUUUUACGAUAUGUAUUAGACGCUAUUACACUGAACCCAUUACAAGAUAUAUUAGCGCUUUAUGAAAAUAAAGCAAAAUUGGGAACAAAUGAGGAACAUCUGGAAAUACAAAAAGAUGAAAAAAACUAUUUUAAUAUAAUAUUAAAAACAGACAAACUUACUGAUAAAAUAAAUCUAGCACAAAGAGCAAAUUUAAAAUAUAUUUAUGAUAAAUCAUUUGAUGAACUAGAAGAAGUGUGUGAAACUUUCUCCUUAAUAAAUGAAAGCAUAGAUGUAUUAUCUUUUAAAAUUGAAGAAAAAUUAAAAAAUUUAUGGUUUAUGCCAGGAAAUGUAUAUAAAAAAGUUAUGAAAUCAAUCAAGUAUAAAAAUUAUUUAAUAGAAAAUUAUUGGCCUUAUGAUACUGAUAUUGAUGAAAAUAAUUUAAAUUUAGCACCAUUUUUAUUCCCUCAAACUUUAGGAAAUUUAGCAAAAAAACAAAAUAAUUGGAGAUUAGAAAUUGUUAAAUUUUGCAUUUUUUUAAUGCAAAAUGAUAAAUUACUAAAUUUGGAAAAUGAAAAUUCUAAUGAAGCUUUUCAUGAAAAAAGACAUGAACUAUAUGAAAUGAUAGAUGAUAGUGAAUACAACCGAAAAAAUACUUUAUGGACAAGUCCGUGUCAUGAGUUAACAUUAAAAGAUAUAUUUUGUGAAAACUGCUCAUCAGUUAAUCAUAUGAAUGUUGUAACAAGUUUAGUAGAAGCAGAAAUUAAUGGAAAGCGAUCUUUUAUUUGGUUAUGCAAAAACUGCAAUUCAAAAUAUGACAAUGAAUUUAUCGAAACUAAAAUUUUAUCACAUCUCCAAGAUACUUUUGAUGCAUAUAACGCACAAGAUCUUGUGUGCAACAAUUGUAAUGCUAUCAAAUCAUUUCACAGAAGAGCUAUUUGUAAGUGUGGAAAAGCAUUUGUACCUCGAUUAGAAAUAAGUAAUUGGAUCCAAACAUUAGAAAUAUUGGAAAAUUUAGCUAAUAUGCUAAAUAUGCCACUAUUAUUAGAUGUUUUAAAAUCGAUGAAAACAUAUCUUAUAUGA